CGCGGGAGCGCGGGGGGCGGGGCGGGCGCCAGGCCCGGGGCUGUGGGCACGGUGCCCAGCCCCCGGCGCACGCCGAGCCGCCGCCGCCGCCGCCGCUGCAGUCGGCAUCCAUCAGCGGGCGGGGGUGUCGCCGGCAGCCGCUCCGCAGCGCCCGCCGCCCGCCGCGGCCCGUGGCGCCCCUCACCCCGCCCGCGGAGAUGGGGACCCUCAGGCCCAGGCGUGCUGGUCACCAUGACAACAGAGACGGGCCCCGACUCUGAUGUGAAGAAGGCUCAGGAGGAGGCCCCGCAGCAGCCCGAGGCCGCCGCCGCCACCACCCCUGUGACCCCCACAGGCCACGGCCACCCGGAGGCCAACGCCAAUGAGAAGCAACCGGCCCCGCAGGACCCUCGGCCUGUCGACCAGGGCCUAGACAUGGAGGAGAAGGACUACAGCGAGGCCGACGGGCUGUCGGAGAGGACCACGCCCAGCAAGGCCCAGAAGUCGCCCCAGAAGAUCGCCAAGAAAUACAAGAGCGCCGUCUGCCGGGUCACCCUGCUCGAUGCCUCCGAGUACGAGUGCGAGGUGGAGAAGCACGGCCGGGGCCAGCUGCUCUUCGACCUGGUGUGCGAGCACUUGAACCUGCUGGAGAAGGAUUACUUCGGUCUCACCUUCUGCGACGCUGACAGCCAGAAGAACUGGCUGGACCCGUCCAAGGAAAUCAAGAAGCAGAUCCGGAGCAGCCCCUGGAAUUUUGCCUUCACAGUCAAGUUCUAUCCCCCAGACCCUGCUCAGCUGACAGAAGACAUUACCAGAUACUACCUGUGCCUGCAGCUGCGGGCGGACAUCAUCACAGGCCGCCUGCCCUGCUCCUUCGUCACGCACGCGCUGCUGGGCUCCUACGCUGUGCAGGCCGAGCUGGGCGACUAUGACGCCGAGGAGCAUGUGGCCAACUACGUCAGCGAGCUCCGCUUUGCCCCCAACCAGACCCGGGAGCUGGAGGAGAGGAUCAUGGAGCUGCACAAGACGUACCGGGGUAUGACCCCGGGAGAGGCAGAGAUCCACUUCCUGGAGAAUGCCAAGAAGCUUUCCAUGUACGGAGUAGACCUGCACCACGCCAAGGACUCGGAGGGCAUCGACAUCAUGCUCGGUGUCUGUGCCAACGGCCUGCUCAUCUACCGAGACCGGCUGAGGAUCAACCGCUUUGCCUGGCCCAAGAUCCUCAAGAUCUCCUACAAGAGGAGCAACUUCUACAUCAAGAUCCGGCCCGGGGAGUACGAGCAGUUCGAGAGCACCAUUGGCUUCAAGCUCCCAAACCACCGGUCAGCCAAGAGGCUGUGGAAGGUCUGCAUCGAGCACCACACCUUCUUCCGGCUGGUGUCCCCUGAACCCCCACCCAAAGGCUUCCUGGUGAUGGGCUCCAAGUUCCGGUAUAGCGGGAGGACCCAGGCCCAGACCCGCCAGGCCAGCGCCCUCAUUGAUCGGCCUGCGCCCUUAUUCGAGCGUUCCUCCAGCAAACGGUACACCAUGUCCCGCAGUCUUGAUGGAGCAGAGUUCUCCCGCCCGGCCUCCGUCAGCGAGAACCACGACGCAGGCCCAGAUGGUGACAAGCGGGAGGAGGACGGCGAGUCAGGGGGUCGGCGGUCAGAGGCGGAGGAGGGCGAGCUCAGGACGCCCACCAAGAUCAAGGAGCUCAAGCCGGAGCAGGAAACCACGCCGCGACACAAGCAGGAGUUCUUGGACAAGCCGGAGGACGUGCUGCUGAAGCACCAGGCCAGCAUCAACGAGCUCAAGCGGACGCUGAAGGAGCCCAACAGCAAACUCAUCCACCGGGACCGGGACUGGGAGCGCGAGCGCCGGCUGCCCUCCUCGCCCGCCUCCCCCUCCCCCAAGGGCACCCCCGAGAAAGCCAGCGAGGCCCUGCAGGCCCAGGACACCUCGCGGGACUUGAGACCUGAGCCUGGGAUGGCCACAGGCCUGGAAGUGCUCACUCAGAAAAGCCUCGCUGCGUCUCCUGAGGGCUCAGAGCACUGGGUCUUGAUAGAAAAAGAGUACCUUAGGCCGGAAGAGCUCGGCCUCCUGAGAGUGACCCCCGCACGUCAGGAAGACAGGGAGGCCAGCCUCGCCCACAUCCUCACUGACGGCAGACCCGCCAAGGUGGACAUCCUGGUGGACAAGUUCAAAGUCGAAGUGGCCACAGAAGAGAUGGUGGGAGCCAGGAGCGCAAACGCUCGGCCAGGGAAAAUUAUCGCAAGCCCGGAAGACUUUGAGUCCAUGUGGGAGGAAGGCUCCUGGGUCACUGACGGCCCAGCAGGCGCGACGCUGACCGCUGGCUUCAUGCUGGCAGGGGACCCCCAGCUCAGGGCGGGCCCUGGGAAGCCUCCGAUCUCAGGGGUUCUCCUGGAGAGCCAGAUGGAGCGGCAGCAGGAGCUGGGAGAGCUCCAGACUGCAGGGAGACCCGCUGUCCCAGGGCCCCAGCUGGCCGAGACGGGGGUCACCUCUCCAGUCCCCAGCCAGGGGGGCCUCCAGUCCUUCCUGCUCAGCCCAGCCCCCGAGGAAGCCAGGGCCGACUCCAGUGACGACACCGACGCGUCCUCCGCAGAGAGAAGCUUCCACCUCAACUCUGCAGAGAGAGAGCCUGAUGGCCGCCUGCUGCCUAUGCCCCAGGAGGGCUGGGAGGAGCCCCUGGCCGCCCCCGAGGGGCAGGAGACCAGGCCUGGACACUGCUGGGGAGUCACAGAGCUCCCCGGGACGGAGGAUGAAACCUCCCCCGUUUCCAAGGAAGGGGCACGGCCCCCCGGGAGCCCCGGGAGAGUGGAUGAGCACCCAGUCUUGAUGGGAAAGCCCCAGGAGGGGACCUUUUCUGGCCAGGAGUUCACUGAGGACGGGCCUGGGGCAUGGGGACAGUGCACCCGCCCAGCAAGCACCCCGGAGGAAGAGGGUCGCCAGAAUGGGGACCUGGUGGUCCAGGCAGAGCAGCACCUAUCGGCAGGAUGGAAGAGCCGCUCACAGCUCCGAGAAGAGGCUCUGCCCCCGGACCCCCAGGCCUGUGCCUUCUGGGGGGCCGGCCCUCCUCAUCCUGGAAGGAAGCCGAGCACAGCCCGAGAGACGCAGCCCAGGGGAGAGCCCGUGUAUCGGGACCCCCAGGCCUCGGGGUUCCUCCAGAUGGAGGUGAUCGACCCGCUCCCCACCCCCGCACAGGAGACUUCUCCGUGCUCUGCCGCUCAGGGUCCAAGGGGGCCUUUGCACCUUGGGGGUGCCCUUGGAGAACAGCUUCCUUUGUCUCCCAGACGGAUCCUUCCCCUGAAAGAGGACGCGGAGCCCAUGGACAGAGUGGCCCACACCCCGGAGGGAGGGCAGCGUCGGGCACCGCCCGUGGCCAGCAGGAAGCCCAGAUUUGUCCUAGAAGCCACAGGGACCCCAGGGCUGCUGCCCCCCUCAGGGAAGCCAAAGGAGAAGCCCCUGCUGCAGGCUGGGGGCCAGGAGGGCUCCCUGGACGACAUCAGCAAGGCCUCCGUGGCCAACAAAAUCCGAAUCUUCGAGACUCAGGGCACUGAAGGUCUCCGAGGGAGUCCCGGCGCCUCGUCUGCCGAGGGUCCCCCAGGGCUGCAGGAACAGCCGAAGAGGCUCUUGGAACUGGGCUUGGUCCAGCUCCAGCCCCCAGGGGGAGAUGGGACCAACUCUCUGGCCUCACAUGCCUCGGUCAUGCCGCCACCUCCCAGACCCUUCCGAGGGGGCCUCACCCCAACAUCCCAGCAGGCGGGACGCAGGGAACUCGACCUGGCGUCCCCCGAUUCAGGCUGCGAAACAACCCUGGAGGAAGCGACGGGGGGACCUGGCCACAGAGGAGGGCUGAGGGAGGGCUCGGAGGACAAAGUCAAGCUGCCUCGGCCCAGGGCCCCUGAGAGCGACACAGGCGAGGAGGACCAGGACCAGGAGAGGGACGCGGUGUUCCUGAAGGACAACCACCUGGCCAUUGAGCGCAAGUGCUCCAGCAUCACGGUCAGCUCCACGUCCAGCCUGGAGGCCGAGGUCGACUUCACAGUCAUGGGCGACUACCAGGGCAGCGCCUUCGAGGAUUUCUCCCGCAGCCUGCCCGAGCUCGACCGAGACAAGAGCGACUCGGAAACCGAGGGCCUGGUGUUCUCCCGGGAUCUCAGCAAGGGGGGCGCUGGCCAGGAGGACGAGUCGGGGGGCCCAGAGGACAGCCCGGACCGAGGGGCCUGCUCCACCCCGGAGCUGCCCCAGUUUGAGCCCGUGAAAGCGGAAACCAUGACCGUCAGCAGCCUUGCCAUUAGGAAGAAGAUUGAGCCUGAGGCCAUGCUCCAGACCCGAGUCAGCACUGUGGACACCGCCCAGAAAAAGUAUUUACAUACUGGGACUGGAGAAAUAGUACAGCAGGUGGACGGGGCUGCCCCCGGGGGGAAGGAGUUCUUAACCACCACUCCCUCCAUCACCACGGAGACCAUCUCCACCACCAUGGAGAACAGUCUCAAGUCCGGGAAGGGGGCAGCGGCCACGAUCCCAGGCCCACCGACGGUGGCCACGGAAAUCCGUUCUCUUUCUCCGAUCAUCGGGAAAGAUGUCCUCACCAGCACCUACGGCGCCACCGCGGAAACCCUGUCCACCUCCACCACCACCCAUGUCACCAAAACUGUGAAAGGGGGGUUUUCGGAGACGAGGAUUGAGAAGAGAAUCAUCAUUACUGGGGACGAAGACGUGGAUCAAGACCAGGCCCUGGCUUUGGCCAUCAAGGAGGCCAAGCUCCAGCAUCCAGACAUGCUGGUCACCAAAGCCGUCGUGUACAGAGAAACAGAGCCCUCCCCAGAGGAGCGGGACAGGAAGCCGCAGGAGUCCUGACCUCGGUGACGGGGAUGCUGGCAUUUCUGGUCCAACUCCAGCCAGAGAACCAUUCAGAAGGGGCCUUUGCUCUGGACUCUCCGAAUCCACACCGCCGUCCCAGCUGCGACGCGCCGUCCCCGAGGAGAGACUGGGAAGGGGAAAGCAUAUAUAUAAAGAUAUAUAGAGAUAUAGAUAUAUAUACAGGAAACACCGCGUCCUCCCACGGCUGCUGGGGCUGACCAGGCUGUCGGCCAACGGCAAUAACCAACCUCCGAACCACCCACAUUUCCUCUGCAGACAGAUCGAAGGAUGGAGGGGGAGGGAGGGGGGAUUUUUCAGGGAAACAAAGCAAAACAAAAUGAGAACAACGAGGACUCCCCCCAGCUCCCCUGGUUGAUGCCCAGACCAGCCAAGGGCAGACGUCCGCCGGGCCCCCUGCCCCCGGUUCUGCACGUCAUUCUGUUUAGUAGACGGGCACCCUCAUUUCCUUCCCCAGUGUCUGUCGUCCCCUCCACGUGCCAAGGGAAGCACCCUGGCAGCGAAGCCGCGGGCGCAGCACACGCACCGUCAACCAUCUUCCGAGAGAGAACGAAAACCCCUGCUUGGAGAGGAGGAGGAGGAGGAGGAGGAGGAGGAGGAGGAGGAGGAGGAGGAAGAGGAGGAACACUGGAUUGUUAUUUUUUUGGGUCUUGACACUGGGCUGCCAAAUCUACCUUCCUUUCUUCUGCCUCCCUUCCCCCUCGACUCUCGCUGGCCUUCUUGUCCUGUUCUGUCUCGGCUCCUUCCUCCCCCCCUCGCCCGCCACCCACUCUGUGUCCAGGCUUGGAGAGGGCCCCGGGCGGCCGCCUGUCUGGUUCCGUCCCGAAAGCCCGAGAGGAAAGCAAAAGCAGAGGACAGCCCGAGGAAGGGACGUCGCCACUGGGUGCUGCCGGUGGUUCUCUUGACGAAGGUGCCGCUUGUCGGAGAUGUGUAUGGGAUGUGCUUUUCAGUUAUGUAUUUCGCAUAGACCCGGAGAAAACUAUUCCAAUAAACAGUGCUGGUAAGUAUGAAGCCGACGUUCUAAAGUGACGAUGCUCUCACUGUGCUCGAGGUACCCAUGAGGCUCCCUCGACCUCAGCGGAAAGGUCGGGCCACCCAGAACGGGGAGCCCAGCCUGGGCUGCUCCCCGGCGGGGCCGCGGUUCCGUGUAGUGAUACCGUGUGUGGUGUUCGUGAUUGGUGGAUUGGUGGGAAGUGACGGGGGUCCCCCGAGUGCAGAGACAGGAGCCUGGCAAGAAGGAAGCAACACAGAUCUGGUCCCUAGUGGCUUCUCCCCGCCCCCUGCCCCGCCGGCAGGAGCAACCAGAGCCUGGUCUGUGCUCAAACUUGGGGUUCGGUGAUGGGGCCUCGUGCACGGGCCCCCUGGCCUAGUGCCCUGCCUCCCCUUUUCUUGGCCACAUAUCUUGCCUAUCCCUGACAGCCCCAUGACUGCGAGCUCGCUGUGCAAGUGACACCCCCCUGCCCCCCCACAAACACAGAGGAUGGAGGCCUCCACCCGCCGGCUGGCUGGGCACAUCCAGCCCAGCCUUCCCCUCUGCCCUACCCUCGGCGGCAAUUUUCUCUUCCCCUGGGCCAGAGCAGCUCGGGCAGAGGCUGGAUCCCAGGGCAGGCUCUGAUCAGCCCAAACUGCCUCCAAGGCCUCGCCAGCCCCUUCACCGGCAGGGGUGGCCCCACGUUCCGGCUCUCCUCUGGAGACCUGCCCCCACUUCCGGCUGCAUCUGUGCCUGCGCCCCUAGGCACCCUCGUAGGAAGCCCCCCUACUCCCGCCCCCCCAUGUAGAGCUCAGCACUGACCCCCCGGCCAAUGAAGCAGGAGCUCACAGGGCCCCCCCAGGCUUGCAGCCAGCAGCCCUGCCCCCCGCAAGCAAGAGUGCCCCCCUGAGGAGGGUCUCCCCACUGUGCUGGGGUUUCUCAGGCCCACCCCACGCCCCAGCUUGGCUUCGAAAGCCGUCGGUAGGUCUGUCCCACAGCGACUCACUGGCUCGCUCCAGCCGCUGUCGUGGGCAGAAGGGGGGAGGGAAGGGGAGGCCCCGGGCAGCCCCCUGGAGCCAGCCUUACGUUUUCAGCCCUUCCAAGAGCAUUGCCUACGCCCCCCCUAAUGUCCUGGACAUUGCCUCAGAAGGCCCCCCCCCAGAGGGCAGUCACCCCCAAAGACCCGUCUCUGGUGCUGACUCAAGGCGGGACAACACAGAGGAGAGUGUGUCACAGCGAGCAGACAGGGGCAAGGCACGGGCACGCGAGUCCCAGACAGCAUCGCCGCAGCCUGGGUGCCCACACACUCAGCGCCCGGGAGGAAACCAUGGAGCCUCUCCCUCCAUGCCUCCAGACGUCAGGGCCAGGGCUGGCGCGGCUUCCUCUCCGGGGCCCCUCUCUUGGCGGGAGCGGGUCAUCCAGGGCACCCUGGACGUGCCUCAGUGAGCCUCGGGCCUGCAGGGUGAAGCGAGCGGCUGAGCUGGGCCCACCGGGGUGUGUGGAGGUCUCUGUCCCACGUGCGGGGAGGAGGGGCACUGCCGAGCGAAAUCUAGGGCGCUGAUUCCCCGCACCCCCCCUUCAUGGAGAAUAGAGACGUCUGUCUUGUCUGUCCUCAACCUACUUCUCCUUUUACCCCUCUGGCAUUUCACCCUCUCUGUGCCACCCAGGAGACCAUGGAGCAGAGUGGGAAGGUCCUGGAGGGCAGUCAGGAGGAGGUCCAGGGGUCAUCCUGGCUCAGUGCCCAACUCUCCAUGUGAUGCUGGGCGUGUCCCCUCCUACCCCCGGCAGGGCCCAUCUCCCCCACUGGCAAGCGAGGAGAAACCAGACACCCUCCAGGACCUCUGUCCACUCUGCCAUCCUCCAGACCUUCAUUUUUCUCUUGUUUUGCUUUCUCGGAUCUUUUCCAUCUGAGGGUACAGGAAGUGCCAUGAUCGGUUUCCUUUUUCGAGCCCUGCAAGCACAUUCCAAGACUGGCCUGAAACUGCAUGAGCAACAUCACUUUAAAUACUUUUAUUUCCCCCACCCCCCCGAAAGCACUUUACCACCCAACUGCGAUGCCGUCCUGUUCCUUUCGACUCCCCCACCUCUCUCGUCCCCGAGCUUCCCCCACCUCAGUGCUCUGUGCUGUAUGCGUGUGCUCUCUGUUCUUGUACACUCAAUUAAAGUGAAAUAAAUGUGUUUGAUGCUGAA